AUGGAUCCGGUGUCCUCCCCCUUUCCUUCGAUUGAUAUUCCCGAUGUUGAUCUUUGGAGUUUUCUCUUCGAACGGACUGAUCAAUCAUAUCCGCCUGAUAAAGUUCUGUUCACCGCUGUCGACACUGAGAGGUGUCUCACGUAUACACAAGUCCGCCAACGGUCGCUGAACUUCGCCCACUCCUUGCGUCGAAAAUGGGAUUGGCAGAAAGGCGAUGUCCUGGUCGUCUUCACCACUAACUCGAUUGAUGUGCCGCCCGUCGUUUGGGGUACCCUUGCCAUCGGCGGCGUGGUCUGUCCGGUGAACCCUAACUACCGUACGGAGGGGCUGUUACAUCCCUUACGGGAUACCAAGGCCAAGGCUCUCAUCACACAGCGAGCUCAGGCUCCGGUGGCUUUUGAGGCCGCCGAACGUGCCGGUAUCCCCCACGAUCGCGUGGUAGUGCUGGAUGAAGUAGCAGAAGAUGAAUUCGAUGAUGGGCGAGUGAAGGGGCCACAUUCGGCCCCGAUUCGCCGUCCAGGGGAAGAUUUGGCUUUCUUGGUCUACUCAUCCGGCACGACGGGUCUCCCCAAGGCUGUGAUGCUUUCGCAUCGCAACAUGGUCGCGAACUUGCUACAGACUGCGUCGGUAGACAACGGCGUGUUGGCAUGGAAUGGAGGCUUGUACGGCGAGGGCGAUCGCACCCUGGCUCUGUUGCCUUUCUUUCAUAUAUAUGGCCUCACAUAUCUACUCAAUCAUACCGUCUACCUUGGUCUGUCAACGUUUAUCAUGCCCAGGUUUCACUUCGACACAUUCUGCACCACCAUUCAGAAACAUCGAAUCACCUACGCAUACAUAGUUCCUCCGAUUAUCCUGAAGCUGGUGUCCAACCCUCGUAUCACUGAGUAUGACCUCAGCUCGCUGCGGAUGAUGCUCUCCGCUGCUGCACCGCUCGCGGUGGAGCUAAUCCAAGGUUUGCAUCAGAAGCUCAAGCUUAGCGUGCGUCAGGCGUAUGGCAUGAGCGAAUGCGCUCCGUGUACGCACAUGCAGACUUGGAACGAAGCAUACACCCAUCCGGGUUCCGUUGGCCGCCUUCUCCCAAAUAUGACAGCCAAAUAUGCCCCAGUUGAGGGGGAUACGGGACGAUCCAAAGAGCUCUGGGUCAAAGGGCCGAAUGUCUUCCUCGGAUAUCUGAAUAACCCAACGACUAACGGUGAAUCCUUCUCUGAGGAUGGAUAUUAUAAGACUGGUGAUGUGGGAUACGAGGAUGAGAAUGGCCAUUUCUACAUCACCGACCGAGUAAAGGAGUUGAUCAAGUAUAACGGGUUUCAGGUGGCACCGGCAGAACUCGAGGCGAUCGCUUUAGGCCACCCUGCCAUCGCAGAUGUGGCUGUAACGGGGGUCAAGGAUGGCCAGUCGGGGACAGAACUACCCCGGGCAUAUGUGGUUGUGGCGCUGGGAUACGAGGGUACCCAGAGCAUGGCAGAUGCUAUAUAUCAGUAUGUGAGCGAUCGGGUGAUUAACUACAAGCGCUUGCGUGGGGGAUACCUCACUCUUAUUCCCGAUUCUUACCUCGGUUCCCCGACUCUGCUGCAUAUCCCUGACGCUGUCAAAAAUGGACCCCCUCAGCUCAUGCGAGGCAAACGUCCCCCGUACGAUUUCUCACCCAAAUCUGCCAAAAUGACUGGUUUUCAAGCAGGUCGUCCGGUCGGAAACCAGGACUACACGUCCUCUACCGUAGUUAUUAUAGGGGCAGGCAUAUCCGGCCUCUGUAUGGCUAUUGAUAUUAUCAAGCGAAGCCAAUGUCGUAACCUUGUCAUUCUGGAGAAAGGCAGCCAGGUCGGAGGUACUUGGAGUGAUAACAGAUACCCCGGAUGCGCCUGUGACGUCUGGAGCACAUUGUACAGCUUCUCUUUUGAGCAAAAAACCGAUUGGACAAGAGAGCAUCCGGGACAGGAAGAGAUUCGGGACUAUUUGAUCCGCGUUGCGGAGAAAUAUGGUCUCUAUAAAUACAUCCGUUUCAACACGGCAGUGCAGGAAGCUCGCUGGGAUGACAAAGAACUCAAGUGGAAGGUCAGCGUGACCACGUCGGGAGCCAAAGAGCCCCAAUUCCACGAGUCAUACGACAUCACCACCGACUUCCUGGUAUCUGCAGUCGGUCAGCUCAAUGUGCCUAGUUGGCCCUCUAUUACCGGUCUCAAUGACUUCACCGGAAAAUUGAUGCAUUCUGCCCGGUGGGACUGGACGUAUGAUUUCGCCGGAAAACGCGUCGCGAUCAUCGGAAAUGGCGCCACUUGCGCCCAAAUCGUCCCCGAGCUGGCUAAAUCGGUUUCGCAAGUCACGGUGUACCAGCGAACCCCCAACUGGGUCAUCCCUCGGUAUGAUACGAGUGUCUCGGCUAUCCAAAGAUUCUUGCUCUCCUACGUGCCGCCUAUCCGCUGGUGCAAACGCGCCCUCAUGAUGCAAGCUCGCGAGUUCACCCAUGAUGCUAUCGCCAAGGCCGACUCAGUCAUGUCAGGGUAUAUACGCAAAAUAUCCAUCGGUACCAUGAAGAGCCAGCUGUGUGAUAAGCCAGAGCUAUGGGACAAACUGACCCCAGAUUACUCGCCCGGCUGCAAGCGUCUCAUUCCAUCGGACGACUACUUCCCCGCAUUGAAUAAGAAAAACGUGCAUCUUGAGACGCGACCGAUCCAGCGCAUUACCGAGUCCGGAAUCGAAACGACUGAUGGCGGCCUCCAAGAGUAUGAUCUCAUUGUCGCGGCGACGGGAUUCCGCUCGGUCGAGUUUAUGCAUCCCAUCCAGGUGUACGGGCGAAAUGGACGUCCGGUAUCAGAUGUGUGGAAGGAUGGGGCCGCAGCCUACUAUGGUGUCACGGUCGAGGACCUCCCCAACUUUGGUAUGCUGUACGGACCGAACACGAAUCUGGGUCACAACUCGAUCAUUCUGAUGAUUGAGGCACAGUCGCGUUACUUGAGCACGCUGAUCGGUGAGGUUGUGCGCGCCAAGGCUCGCAGCGACUCGCUGGUCUUGCAACCCCGGUCGGAUGUAGUGGCUGCAUUCAAUGAUCGCCUCCAGGAGGAGUUGGAGAGAAGUUCCUUCGCCGAUCCGCAGUGCCAUAGCUGGUAUAAACUGGAAAAUGGUCGGAUCACUAACAACUGGCCGGGUCGGGUGGUCCGGUAUCAGAAGGACUUGUCACAGGUGCGAUGGGAGGAUUACCUCGCUGAUGGGACAGGCAAGUCCUUGGUGGAGCGCAAGAAAACCACUCAUAUCGGUCGGGUCCAGGAGGAAUUGCCUGUUCGCUCCUCGACGUUGGUGCUGGGCGCUUUGGGAGUAGCCCUGGCAGUGGGCGGGUACUACAUGAAUGGACCGAAGGCGUUGCUGCAGCGGCGCCGUUAA